AAUAUGGGCCUAUGAUUUUAUGAGUGAGAAGUUGCACACUCUGCAAUCAGGCACGACCAAUCAGACAAGUCAAAUCUAUUUUAACCGACAGAGGGCCAACUUAACUACCAACUCUAAUCAGUCCUAUCGAGCCAAUAUUGUCUCACAUCGUAACAACAUGAAAAAACUGCACGAAUGGCUGUUGGUUGUAACAGGACUUUUCAGUGUGUGGUAUGCUGUACUCGCAAGCAACUCUGCUCUUGUCAAGGAAUGGCGAAACAUUAUACUUUUCCUUCCAAUUACUUUCUUGUUCCUCUUUGGUUUGUUUGCAGCUACUGUCAUAAUGUACAGAGUAUUUACCUUCAACACCUGUAAAAACGCAGCUAUCGAGCUUCAACAGCAAAUAGAAGAAGCAAAAAAAGAUCUUGGAAGCAAAGGUAUAAUAUUUAAAGAUAUUAGUACUUCAGCUUCUUAAGAUAUAUGUAAAUAACAUGAAAAAUAAGAAAUAACUGGUUCUUUUAUAAUUUGGAUGGAUCUUUAUUACUAUUGUAAGUUCUGUAUGUAUGUGCAAUUGUACAUGUACUGUAUGUAAAAAAUAAUAUGCAAGUAUCUUCUAUAUAAGAUAAAUUAUUGAGUAUAAUUUUUCUAUAUAUAUAAACAUAAAUCAAGAUAUUUUAUAUAAUUUUUACAAAGAAUGAUUUCUUAAUUAGAUAUAUUUUAUUCACUUAUAUAAUUAAAAAUGCAUACAGCUUUUCAGUAUUUCAUGAAGUAGAAAUACAUGGUUGAUACCUAUUAGCUAAUUGCAAUAUUAAUCUUGUAGUAAUAUUCAAAGAAUCAAUUAAAUAAUUACUAUUUGUUUUCCAUUUUCUAGAACUGUUUAAGAAUAAAGUAAUAUUCAUUCAAUUACAUCACAGUUUAUUAUGAAUUUACAAUUAUGAAAGGUUUCAAUAAAUAAAAUACCUCAGACAGUAAUACUUAAUAGAUAAAAUUAGCUUUUAUUAUAAAACAGGAUACUUUAAGUUUUUGAAUUUUUGCUUUUAAAUUGCUCAAUUUUGUUUUUCAGUAUAUAUCAUACUAAACUUAUAACAUCUUAUGCCUAUUGUAAAUUUAUGCUGUAAACUAUAAUAGUUAAAUACAACUUUUUUGCAAGGAAAUUCAAAUGUGGAAGGGAAAUUAUUUGUAUUUGUUCUUUCUUCUUUUUGUAAGAAUCAUUAAAACAAUAGAAAUACAAUGAACUCACUUGCAUUUUUGUAAAUCGUAAUUUAUUCAUUUAUGCUAUGUAUUACAAGUGUGUUGAGCACACAAUGGAGAGUGUGUUCUUUAACAGCAGUUCUUUUUCUAUUAAUUUUUCUAUAUUAUAAAAAAAGGGAAUAAAACUUGAGUCAGCACAACAAAUGGAUUAGAGUUUUAUGCUAGAACUCUCCAAGAAAUAAUUCUCUAUAUUUCUUUUGUACUGAAAAAGAGCAAUAAAAAGUUUUCUUAUUAUUGUUUUAAUGAUAUUAAUAAGUAACUGUAUGGUACAAAUUCAAAGAUUUAGUUUCUUGAUUAUGUAACAUGCACAAGUAUGUACUUACGUAUGUAUAUAAUUAUCACAUAAAAGAUUUAAAUUAAUCUAUUAUUUUAUUUCAUAAAAAAUACUAUUAAAGAAUUCCCGUAUAAUAUAUGCGCAACAAUUAUAAUUUAAAUGCCUGUUACUUUAACAUUAUAUAAUAGAUGUGUCAUUUAACUAUUUUACUUUAAUUAUUUGUUAUAAUUAGUUUGAUAGAGCAUAUUAUAGACCAAGCUUACUAAUGACAAGCACUCAAUAUUUUGAUAGAUAUAUUGAACUGUAAUAAUUUGAUAGUUUUAUAUUGAAUAAUCUAUUUAUAAUGGCAUUAAAUAAAUUAUAUAUAGUAGCUUAAUUUUCUUGUUUAUAAUCAAUUAUUGUAAUUUCUAACAUGCAAAGUAGCAUUGAACACUGUUUAAAGCAGUAAUUCGUUUUUCACUCUUGUUAUAUAUCUAAAUAUAAGAAAUUUUUCUUUACAUACGUACAUACAUACAUAGGCACGUACA